AUGUGGACCCAGGUUCUGCUUCUGUGCUCGGGGAUCCUGCUGGUGGGCGGAGAGGCCGGCGCUCAGCAUUCAGCCCCGGCCUCUGGGAUCCAGGGCCCCGCGCUCCCCAUCCUGGCAAAGCACAAACCCAACAGCUCGAUUCCUCCGCCCCCCCCGAUGUGCUCCCAGCCGGCCGGGAUCCGAGCCGCCUUCAAAUACGUCAACACCUUUGUUUCAGUGGUGGUGUUCGGAGUGGGGAUGGUGGGGAACUCGGUCCUGCUGCGGAUCAUCUACGCCAACAAGAGCAUGAGAAGUGGGCCCAACAUCCUCAUCGCCAGCCUGGCCUGCGGGGACCUGAUCCACAUCGUGAUAGACCUGCCCAUCAACACGUACCGGCUGAUGGCAGAAGACUGGCCCUUCGGCCUGGUGCUGUGCAAACUGGUGCCCUUCGUCCAGAAGACCUCGGUGGGGAUCACUGUGCUGAGCCUGUGCGCUCUGAGUGUGGACAGGUACCGUGCCAUCGUGUCUUGGAGACGAGUCAAAGGCAUGGGCGUCUCCGCGUGGACGGCGCUCGAGAUCGCUCUCAUUUGGGGGAUCUCCAUCCUGCUGGCGGCGCCUGAAAUUGUCGGCUUUGAUUUGGUCAGUCUGAAGUACAAAGACCAGGACUUGAGGAUCUGCCUCCUGCACCCGAAUCAGCGCUCAGGUUUCAUGCAGCUUUACAAGUCUGUGAAGGACUGGUGGCUCUUUGGCUUCUACUUCUGCAUGCCGCUGGCGUGGACCGCAGUCUUCUACACUCUGAUGACCAGGGAAAUGCUGAGGAGCGGCGAGAGCACUCUGAGCGAGCGCACCAAGCAGAGGAAGGAAGUGGCCAAAACCGUCUUCUGCCUGGUGCUGGUCUUCGCCAUCUGCUGGUUCCCCCUCUACCUCAGCCGCAUCCUCAAGUCCACCAUCUACGACCAGGAGGACCGCAAUCGCUGCCACCUCUUGAGCAUCUUCCUGCUGCUGGACUACUUUGGCAUCAACAUGGCCUCCCUCAACUCCUGCAUCAACCCCAUCGCCUUGUACGUGGUCAGCAACAGAUUUAAGGGCUGUUUCAAGGCGUCUCUGUGCGGUCGCUGUCCUGCGGCUGCAGACAAAGUCGCCGCGGCCUCCAAGCGUGUGCCGCAGGAACACCCCUCCGAGCCCAGCAGCAAAGUCCCGCAGCCGGCGGGGCAGAGCUGGCCGUGCUGA